AUGAGGGAUGUCAAGAAAAAGAUGAUUGCCGACGUGGACAACACCAGCAUCUUUGGUGCUUCUAGAAGCAGUGCCAGGAGAGUACCUUCAGAUUCCUCCACUACGGCUUCCCCUCGAAAAGCAGUCGCAAGUCCCGAUCAGCAUGUUUCCUUCCCCCACGUAACAACAAUGGAGCAUGGAUCCAUUUUUCCAAUCAAUCAGGACCACAAGACAAUCUUGCACCACUUCCUGAAAAAGCCUACCAUGCUCAAGAGAGCCACCUCGUGGGAUGACAAAAGCCUCAGUUCCAUGGGACUCACCGAACAGGAAUGGACACAACUCUUGUCAGAAACAUCGGGCUUCCCCGAACUGGAAGAGGAAGACCCUCUGCUGAGCAACUUUGGCAAUGAGGUGGUGUGUUUGCAUGGAGGCGAUCUCCUCUUGCAAACAUUCGAGUGGUAGAUGAUAAUUCAAGGGAACAAGCAAAGUCAAAAAGAAAAACUGUAUAUACGAUGGAUCAUCUACUACUAAUUUUUACCUAGUGGAU